UCCGCCACCCGGAAGCGCUUUGGCGGCGGCGGUGGCGGAAAAGCGGCGUGUGCGGCUGGUUUUGUUUGUGGCUGGACCCGCCGCGGGGGCUCGUACGCGCCUCCCGCGGGGGCCUCCGCUCGCCGUCCCACGAUCGGCCCCAUGGCCUUCAACUUCAGCGCCACGGCGGGAGCCGGGGCCGCCAACCCGACCGGAUUUGGUGGGCUUGAAACUGCAAACUCCACUGCCAGUGGGUUUAAUUUUGGGGGUUUCGGAUUAACUGCUAAUCCCGCGGUGAAUUUUAAUAUUGGGAAUUUCGGUGUUUCCACUACCUCAACUCCACCUUUCAAUUUUGGUAACAGUCUGGCAAGCGCAGGUGCCUUCGGAGGCUUUGGGACCACCACCACCAGCGCGGCGCCGGCGUUCAGCUUCUCUGCUCCCACCAAUACCGGCACCGGCGGACUCUUUGGUGGUACCCAGAACAAAGGCUUUGGAUUUGGUACCAGUUUUGGCACAGGAACUGGAACUGGCUUGGGUAGUGGGUUGGGAACUGGGCUAGGCUUUGGAGGCUUUGGAACCCAGCAGCAGCAGCAGCAGCAGACCACGUUAGGCACUGGGCUGUUCAACCAGCCUGCCCAGACACCCGCUCAGUCCAACCAGCUCAUCAACACAGCCAGCGCCCUCUCGGCCCCGACGUUGCUGGGAGAUGAGAGGGAUGCCAUUCUGGCCAAGUGGAACCAGCUCCAAGCCUUCUGGGGCACGGGCAAAGGGUACUUCAAUAACAACAUCGCUCCGGUGGAGUUCACGCAGGAAAACCCCUUCUGCCGGUUUAAGGCUGUGGGUUACAGUUUAAUGCCCAACAACAAAGAUGAAGAUGGCCUCGUGGUCUUGGUGUUUAAUAGAAAAGAAGCAGAUAUUCGAAGCCAGCAGCAGCAGCUCGUAGAAUCCCUACACAAAAUUCUGGGAGGAAACCAGACCCUCACUGUCAAUGUCGAAGGAGUUAAAACAAUGCCUGAUGACCAGACAGAAGUGAUCAUUUACAUUGUGGAGCGCUCCCCCAACGGCACCUCGAGGAGAGUUCCUGCAACAACCCUCUACGCCCACUUUGAGCAAGCCAACAUCAAAUCAUCCCUGCAGCAGCUGGGGGUCAGCCUGUCCAUGGCCAGGACAGAGCUGUCUCCAGCACAAGUCAAGCAGCUCCUGCAGAACCCUCCUGCCGGUGUUGAUCCUAUUAUAUGGGAACAAGCCAAAGUUGAUAAUCCUGAUCCUGAUAAGCUUAUUCCUGUGCCAAUGGUGGGUUUCAAGGAACUGCUGAGAAGAUUGAAGGUCCAGGAUCAGAUGACCAAACAGCAUCAAACUCGAUUAGAUAUAAUAUCAGAAGAUAUCAGUGAGCUGCAGAAAAACCAAACGACAACUAUGGCAAAAAUUGCACAAUACAAAAGGAAACUGAUGGCGCUUUCACACAGAACCUUGCAGGUGCUAAUAAAGCAGGAGAUCCAAAGGAAAAGUGGUUAUGCCAUUCAAGCAGAUGAGGAGCAGCUUCGUGUACAGUUGGAUACAAUUCAGUGUGAACUUAACGCACCCACGCAGUUCAAGGGCAGACUGAAUGAGCUCAUGUCCCAGAUCAGGAUGCAGAACCACUUUGGAGCAGUGCGGGCUGAAGAGCGCUAUUACAUAGAUGCAGACCUCUUAAGGGAAAUCAAGCAACACCUGAAGCAGCAGCAAGAAGGGCUGAGUCACUUAAUCAGCAUCAUCAAGGAUGAUUUGGAGGACAUCAAGCUAAUAGAACACGGGCUGAACGAGAGCAUUCCCAUCCGAGGGGGAGUCUUCAGUUGACUGGUGGAUGUUUACACAGAACAUGGUAGUGGAGUUCAUGGCUCACCUUCCAAGGCUAAAACUGUUGAGGUAAAAUAAAAUACAUAUCUUGUAGGAGCAAAAUGGUAUUUUGUCUGUUACUUUUAGAAUUAGCAAAGCCUCUUCUAAGCUUUUAAAAUUGACCUUUGGAAGGUUUAUAUUUUAUAAAGCUGUAUAUGCUUUAACAAAAGAAGGAGAACUGAAUCUGUUCAGAUACCAUUUUACUACAAAACUAUAUGUACUAUUGUACAUUUUUUCCUUUUUUCUUCUUUUUUUACAACAGCGUUGUCCUAAAAAAUGCAGAGCUGAGGGGAUUGUUACUAAUUACUUGGUUUGUGGAAAGCUUAGCCUGCUUUCAUGUUUCUGUCAGAACAAUCAAGUAGCACCAUUGUGUAAACAGCUAAUUUAAAUCAUUACAGAGAUGUUUGUUGCUGUAAAUAUGUUGUUCUCUGCAAUACCAGUGAUUACUGGGGCAAGCUGCAGAAAGUUUAUGUUUCCAGUUUCUGUCCUUCCUUUGGACUGCAAGGAUCUGAAGGUUAUGUUUUGAUCACUUUACGUAUACGAAUUAUACAAAGCUUUGCUGCCCCUCUAAGUAACAGUAUGUCUGGACGUUGUCUUCUGCCUUUUUUUAAAUCACCCAAGAGUAAUAAAUUCAGUCUGACUUUGUAACAA